AGCGCACCCUAGCGGGAGCCGGCCAGUCGAUGUUGUGAGUUGAUACAAGAUCUUACAAAAGUUUGUUCACGCUAUUUUCUGAUUUUCAUUGUUGUUCCUGAUAUUCUAAACGUACCAAAACACAAUGUCCUUUAUGCCUGUCAUGCGGUCUACCAGCUCAAUUUUCAAGAACUUGUCAUCCCUGAGCAGAAUAUCUUCUCAGGGUUUGCUUCAAUUACCACACACACGCUCAUACAAUAUGUCGCUGGUUCCGUUCUUGAUGCGAGACUUUAUCCGCGAAAUGGAUCACCCGAGACACUACGACCGAUUCGGGAUGCCUCAUACACCCUCCAUGCUGGAAGUACCACCCUGGAAACUGCUUAGCCAAGUGGAGCCUGACGCAACCAUUGUCAAUGAUAAGAAACACUUCAAGGUGACGUUGCACGUGCAACAUUUCAAGCCUGAAGAAUUGACAGUGAAGGUCGUCGACAACUUUGUGAUUGUCGAGGGAAAGCACGAGGAGCGUCAAGACCACCACGGGUUCGUUUCUCGGCAUUUCACUCGUCGUUACCACCUGCCGGAGGAUGUCGACGCCAGUGUACUGCAGACUACGUUGUCUUCUGACGGAGUUCUGCAGCUGCAGGCUCCUAAGAAAAUCCAUGAGAAGGUCGGCAGGACUAUUCCGAUCUUGCAUACAAACGCUCCAGCCCUCAAAGUAGCUGAACCUCAUCCACAGCAGGUAGAGGAGAAGAAGAAGUAAGACUGGAGGUCUCACCUCAAUACGUACCUUGUAAGACUGAUUUAUUUACUUUUUAAUUUAAUUUAUUUACUUGUUCACUGCAGGAAACAGAUUUUCUUGGAAUAAACAAUUUUUUAUUUGAUUCCAUCAUGUUUUUGUUUGAAAUGUUGGUAUGGAUUUGUUUUCAAUGUUUUGUAAGUUAGUAAUGUUUGUGUGUGGUGUUUUUUAGUAGAAAAAUUACGUAAU